UUAUAAUUUCAACCAACAAAUAAACUAUUUAACUCGGUGUUUGGGUUGAUGUACUGUUGUUAUAUUAAUUGGGCCGCUACAAACGUUCGGUUCUCGCGUAGUUUCAACAACAAACGAUUGACAUGGCCGCAGAAAACCGGAAAGUAUCCUGUUUUUUGGCUAUAGAAGAUGGAACAAUCCUCGCUGGCGAAUCAUUCGGCACAAUCAAGCAAACUGAUGGAGAAAUCGUUUUCCAAACUGGGAUGGUUGGAUAUCCUGAGUCACUUACCGAUCCCAGUUAUCACUCGCAAUUGCUGAUCCUAACCUACCCAAUCAUAGGCAACUAUGGGGUCCCAGAUCAACUCAAAGAUGAGCAUGGAUUACCUUAUUUUUUUGAGUCAAAUCGAAUAUGGGCUGCCGGCCUCAUCGUCGGAGAACAUUGCGAUAACCCGAGCCAUUGGCGUAACGUGAAAACCCUUUCCAAAUGGAUGAACGAACAGAAUGUUCCCGGAAUACAAGGUAUUGACACCAGGCAAUUGACGAAAAAAAUUCGAGAGUCCGGUACAAUGCUCGGACGUAUAAUUUACUCUUUGCCGAUUCCUAAGGAGUUGAAAAUCGCCGAUCCGAAUUUGAGAAAUUUAGUUGCGGAAGUAUCGACGAAGAAACCCGUCACCUAUAAUCCAAACGGUUUUCCGAGAAUCUGCGCAAUAGAUUGUGGAAUGAAAUAUAAUCAAAUACGGUGCCUAGUGAACAGAGGUGCUAGAGUCGACUUAGUGCCUUGGAACCAUAAAUUACUCCCUAACGAAUUUCACGGUCUGUUUUUGAGUAACGGGCCUGGUAAUCCAGAAAUGUGCCGGGAAGUUAUCGAAAAUAUCCGAGCGGUCUUAGACGAAAAGGAGGUGAAACCAGUUUUUGGGAUAUGCCUAGGACACCAAUUGCUCUCGAUCGCCAUAGGUUGCACCAGCUACAAAAUGAAGUAUGGAAAUCGAGGUCACAACCAACCCUGCAUCCAUCACGGUACUUCGCGUUGCUACAUGAGUUCCCAGAACCACGGGUUCGCGGUUGACGCGAACAGCCUGCCGGACGAAUGGGAGCCCUUGUUUACGAACGCCAACGAUCACACCAACGAGGGCAUUAUUCACAAAACGUUGCCAUAUUUUAGCGUGCAAUUUCAUCCGGAGCACAUGGCCGGGCCGCAAGAUUUGGAAUGCUUGUUCGACGUCUUCCUACAGACCGUUAGCGAAUAUUCGUCAUAUCCGUUGACGAAAAUAAACGUUAAAGACCUUUUGAACGAUAAGUUAAGUUUCGAAGUCGAGAAACCGCUCAAUACGGUUCCUAAAAAAGUUCUGAUUAUCGGUUCGGGGGGGCUUUCCAUUGGCCAAGCUGGCGAAUUUGAUUAUUCCGGUUCGCAAGCAAUAAAAGCGCUAAAAGAAGAAAAUAUCCAGACGGUACUGAUAAACCCCAACAUCGCAACGGUCCAAACUUCUAAAGGUUUAGCCGAUAAGGUAUAUUUUCUCCCACUGGUACCAGAAUAUGUAGAGCAAGUAAUCAGAUCUGAAAGACCGGGGGGCGUUUUGCUGACAUUUGGCGGUCAAACCGGGUUAAAUUGCGGCGUGCAAUUGCAAACAGCGGGGGUAUUUGACAAGUACAAUUGCCAAAUCUUGGGGACGCCCAUCCAAGCGAUAAUUGAGACGGAGGAUAGGAAAGUAUUUAGCGAACGAGUCGCAGAAAUCGGCGAAAAAGUUGCACCAAGCGUGGCCGCGCAUUCUGUCGAAGAAGCUCUCAGGGCUGCCGAUAUCCUGGGGUAUCCCGUAAUGGCCCGGGCGGCCUUCUCGUUGGGUGGAUUGGGAUCCGGUUUCGCUAGCAACAAAGACGAACUGAAAGCGCUAGCGGUUCAGGCUUUGGCCCAUUCGAGUCAGUUGAUAAUCGACAAAUCCCUAAAAGGUUGGAAAGAGGUGGAAUACGAAGUGGUUCGCGAUUCGUUUGACAAUUGCAUAACGGUGUGCAACAUGGAGAACGUCGAUCCUUUAGGCAUACAUACCGGGGAAUCUAUCGUCGUCGCACCGAGUCAGACGCUCUCCAAUAAAGAGUACAAUAUGUUGCGCGCCACCGCCAUCAAGGUCAUACGUCAUUUUGGAGUUGUAGGAGAGUGCAACAUUCAAUACGCGUUAAAUCCUUACUCCGAAGAAUAUUACAUCAUCGAAGUAAACGCGCGUUUGUCUAGGAGUUCGGCUCUGGCGAGCAAAGCUACCGGUUAUCCUCUGGCCUAUGUGGCGGCAAAGUUAGCACUAGGAGUGGCUCUGCCGGACAUAAAAAACUCCGUUACCGGCGUCACGACAGCGUGUUUCGAGCCCAGCUUGGAUUACUGCGUGGUUAAAAUUCCUAGGUGGGACUUGCACAAGUUUUCCAGGGUCAGUACGAAAAUCGGCAGCUCCAUGAAGAGCGUCGGCGAGGUGAUGGCCAUCGGACGCAAAUUCGAAGAAGCUUUCCAGAAAGCGUUGCGAAUGGUGGACGAGAACUUCUCCGGGUUCGAUCCAUAUCUGAAAGAAGUGAACGAUGCCGAACUAGAAGAGCCAACCGAUAAACGGAUGUUCGUAAUCGCCGCCGCAUUAAAGAACAACUAUUCCAUUGAAAAACUGUACGAGCUGACAAAAAUCGAUCGCUGGUUUUUGCAAAAAAUGAAAAACAUUGUCGAUUAUAUGACGGAGCUCGAAGCUAUCGACCAGCACCACCUGGUGGCCGGCGCGUUACUGAAAGCGAAACAGUUGGGCUUUUCCGACAAACAGAUAGCGACGGCGGUGAAAAGUACCGAGUUGGCUAUAAGAAAGAGACGCGAGGAAUACGGUCUGACGCCGUUCGUGAAACAAAUAGAUACCGUGGCUGCUGAGUGGCCGGCCACCACCAAUUACCUUUACCUGACGUAUAACGCUUCGGCGUCUGAUUUGGAAUUCAACGAAGAACACAUUAUAGUGAUCGGUUCUGGCGUUUACAGAAUAGGAAGCUCAGUCGAAUUCGAUUGGUGCGCGGUAGGAUGUCUAAGGGAACUGAGAAGGUUGGGGUAUAAAACCAUAAUGGUGAACUACAACCCGGAAACGGUGAGCACAGAUUACGACAUGUCCGACAGGCUUUACUUCGAGGAGAUAAGCUUCGAAGUCGUCAUGGAUAUAUACAAUUUGGAAGAGCCCGAAGGUAUUAUAUUGUCCAUGGGAGGUCAGUUGCCGAACAACAUCGCCAUGGACUUGCAUCGGCAGCAAGCUAGAAUAUUGGGCACGUCGCCGGAUAGCAUCGACGGCGCUGAAAAUAGAUUUAAAUUUUCGCGUAUGUUGGACCGUAUAGGCAUCAUGCAGCCGCGGUGGAAAGAACUGACCAAUUUGGAGUCCGCCGUGCAGUUUUGCGAGGAAGUCGGCUACCCGUGUUUGGUCAGGCCAUCUUACGUGCUGAGUGGAGCAGCGAUGAACGUUGUCCACUCGAACCAAGACCUGAAGACUUACUUGUGCGCGGCGAGCGAAGUGAGCAAAGAGCGUCCCGUGGUGAUAUCGAAGUUUAUCUUGGAAUCCAAAGAAAUUGACGUAGACGCAGUGGCCUGUGACGGUGUCAUUUUAUGCAUGGCGGUAUCGGAACAUGUAGAAAACGCCGGCGUCCAUUCGGGGGAUGCCACCCUGGUGACGCCACCUCAGGAUAUUAACGAGGAAACGCUCGCUAAGAUCACGUUCAUCAGCAAAUCGAUAGCGGCAUCGUUAGAAGUAACUGGUCCGUUCAACAUGCAACUGAUCGCCAAGGAUAACGAUUUGAAAGUCAUCGAGUGCAACGUCAGGGUGUCGAGGUCGUUUCCAUUCGUCUCGAAGACUUUGGAUCACGACUUCGUCGCUAUGGCCACUAGGGUGAUCGUGGGCGAGGUGGUCGAACCUGUCGACGUGUUGGGCGGUUGCGGACGCGUUGGUGUCAAAGUACCCCAGUUUUCGUUUUCCCGAUUGGCGGGGGCCGAUUUUAUGCUUGGCGUGGAAAUGGCGUCUACCGGAGAAGUGGCGUGUUUCGGCGAAAAUCGAUACGAAGCGUACCUCAAGGGCCUAAUGAGUACUGGCUUUAACAUACCGAAAAAAUCGAUAUUGCUGUCGAUUGGGAGUUUCAAGCACAAAAAGGAGUUACUACCGAGCAUGAGAUCUCUGCGAAAGAUGGGGUACAAGUUGUACGCCAGCUUGGGUACCGCAGAUUUCUAUAACGAGCACGGCGUGAACGUCGAAUCAGUACAAUGGACUUUCGAAAACAUAGACGAUAUCACAAGCGAAAGCGAACUGAAACCUUUGGCCGAGUUCUUGUCGAAGAAACAAUUCGAACUUGUGAUAAACCUACCAAUGCGUAAUGGCGGCGCAAGGAGGGUAUCUUCCUUCAUGACUCAUGGAUAUCGAACCAGACGAUUGGCUAUCGACUAUUCGAUCCCAUUGAUUACCGACGUCAAAUGCGCAAAAUUACUAGUUGAGGCUAUUCGGCUAAUCGGUAGGGCACCUCUAAUGAAAACCCAUACGGAUUGCAUCAGCUCAAGGCAUCUUAUAAAACUCCCAGGGUUCAUCGACACCCAUGUUCACGUGCGAGAACCUGGUACCACGCAUAAGGAAGAUUAUGCAUCUUGUACAGCGGCCGCGCUGGCUGGCGGGGUUACCUUAAUCUGCGCCAUGCCUAACACAAACCCAGCUAUAGUCGACGAAGAAUCGUUCCUUCUUGUCAAGAAACUCGCCAAAGAUCACGCCAGAUGCGACUAUGCCUUAUUUGUGGGAGCGUCUUCAGACAACGCAAGCACGAUCUGCGAAUUAGCUAACGAAGCAGCAGCGUUGAAGAUGUACUUGAACGAAACGUUUACUACUCUACGACUCAACGAUCUUACAGUCUGGAAUAAACAUUUAAGCAAUUGGCCGAGAAAGGCACCUCUUUGCGUCCACGCCGAAAAAGAAACAACUGCCGCUAUUAUCCUUCUUGCUAGCUUAAUGAAUAGGCCAGUCCAUAUCUGCCACGUAGCUCGGAAAGAAGAGAUAUUGAUCAUUAAAACGGCCAAAGAAAAAGGUCUCAAAGUGACAUGUGAAGUUUGCCCUCACCACCUUUUCUUGUCCACCAAUGACAUCCCGUCCCUUGGGGUAAAGAAAAGUCAAGUAAGACCCAUGCUUGUAUCUCCCGAAGAUCAGCAAGCGUUGUGGGAUAACCUUCACGUAAUCGACUGCUUUGCAACAGAUCACGCUCCUCAUACUCUGGAUGAAAAGCUAAGUGAAAACGCGCCCCCUGGAUUUCCAGGUUUGGAAACAAUCCUUCCACUUCUAAUCAAUGCUGUGAAUGAAGGACGACUGAGUAUGGAAGACGUCGUUAGCAAAUUCCAUAGGAAUCCUAAACGAAUAUUUAACUUGCCUGAACAACCCAAUACCUACGUGGAAGUGGAUAUGGAUGAAGAGUGGAUCAUACCAGAAACAACGCUUUACAGCAAAGCCAAAUGGACCCCCUUUGCAGGAAGAAAAGUUAAAGGCUCGGUUCAUCGCGUGGUGCUUCGCGGAGAAGUAGCGUUCGUCGAGGGACAAGUUCUCGUUCCCUUAGGUUUUGGCCAAAACGUCAGGGAGUGGGAUAAACGGAUGCUAAGCUCCGUUACGGUCGAAAGUAGACCGUCAUCGGCCAUGGACAGACCCCUCUCGCCGUCUCCUUAUAUUACUAAGAACCAUGUCGAUUCCUUGGACUAUGAAGAUGGACACCCAAACGAAAUGUUUACGAAACUGUUAGCAACAGACAGCAAGGUACAUUUUGCAAGUGAUACCCAACACAUCGAAAUUAGGCAAACAAUGUUAUCUCCAAUUCCAUCAUCGACCAGAAUAAGAACAGAAAGUUUUUCCAACCAAGAAAAAAUAAAAUCCAAAUCGGAGGGCUUGGCCCCUUUAUUGGCGGUACAUCCGGAACCACAUCAUCAUCAUUCAUCGCAUGGUUUAACUGGAAAACACAUUCUCGGAGUGGACAUGUUCUCGAAAGAGCAACUCAAUUACGUUUUUAACUUGGCUCAAACGUUUAGGGCAUACGUCUCGAAAGACAGACCACUCGAUCACGUCCUCAGGGGAAAAAUCAUGGCUUCGGUGUUCUACGAAGCAAGCACGAGAACUUGCUGUAGUUUCUCGGCUGCGAUGCAAAGGUUGGGUGGACGAGUUAUCUACAUGGACGAAACUAGUUCGUCAGUGAAGAAAGGCGAAACGCUUGAAGAUUCUAUAGCAACAUUAGCGAGUUACGCAGAUGUCAUUGUCCUUAGACAUCCCCUUCCAGGAUCUGUAUAUAAAGCUUCCCAACACUGUCGCAAACCGCUAAUCAACGCUGGAGAUGGCGUUGGUGAACAUCCCACCCAAGCUCUACUGGAUAUAUUCACUAUUCGCGAAGAAAUCGGUACCGUAAAUGGUCUGACAAUCACUCUAGUCGGGGAUUUGAAAAAUGGUCGGACAGUACACUCACUAGCACGUCUACUGACGUUGUACAACGUGCAACUGAGAUACGUGAGUCCGUCAAACUUAAAAAUGCCCAGCCAUAUAACCAAAUUCGUAUCUGGGAGAGGAAUCCACCAACAAGAAUAUGAGAGUUUCGAGGAUGUGUUACCAGACACGGACGUGUUGUAUAUGACAAGGAUACAGAGGGAAAGAUUCGAGAGUAACGAAGAGUAUGAAAAGGCAUGCGGGCAUUUUGUCGUCACUCCUCAGCUCAUGACCCGCGCUAAGAGAAAAAUGGUAGUUUUGCAUCCUCUUCCUAGGGUGUUCGAGAUAAGCCCGGAGUUUGACACAGACCCCAGGGCGGCGUAUUUUAGACAAGUGGAGUGUGGAAUGUACGUGAGAAUGGCGCUGCUCGCUAUAGUACUAGGAAAAUGUUGAAAUUAAAGCCUAAGAAGAAUUAUAAUUAUAUUAAUAAAUAUAAUUUAAAGCU